CGUUCCGCUCGUCUGACUUAGGCACUGUUUUUGUUUGCGACGCUGUCGCGGAAGGGUGCGCUUUACGGCCGCGGGAGGACGCAGCGAGUCGGCGCCUUGGGCCUCUCGGCCGGGAAGCGGGGUAGGCGGGCGAGGUUGAUGCCCGGCGGCGGGGCGAGCACGGCGUCUGGCCGGCUUCUCUCCUCAGCGGAUCCCAGAGGGGCGCGGGAGGCAGCGGCGUUCCGGAGCGGCCCGGCGGGCUCGAGCGGAGGCCGAGGCGGAGCAGGCGGCCCUGGGCCAGGGAUUGGAGGCCCCGCGGGCAGGAUGAGCCUGACCCCGAAGGAGCUCUCGAGCCUGCUGAGCAUCAUCUCGGAGGAGGCGGGCGGCGGCAGCACCUUCGAGGGCCUGUCCACCGCCUUCCACCACUACUUCAGCAAGGCCGACCACUUCCGCCUGGGCUCGGUGCUGGUGAUGCUGCUGCAGCAGCCGGACCUGCUGCCUAGCGCGGCGCAGCGCCUCACGGCGCUCUACCUGCUCUGGGAGAUGUACCGCACCGAGCCGCUCGCCGCCAACCCGUUCGCGGCCAGCUUCGCGCACCUGCUCAACCCGGCGCCGCCCGCCCGCGGCGGCCAGGAGCCCGACCGGCCCCCGCUCUCAGGGUUCCUGCCUCCUAUAACUCCACCAGAAAAGUUUUUCCUCUCCCAGCUCAUGCUGGCACCCCCAAGGGAACUGUUCAAAAAGACACCUCGCCAGAUUGCCUUGAUGGACGUUGGAAACAUGGGACAGUCUGUGGACAUUAGCGGCCUUCAGUUAGCCCUGGCAGAGCGUCAGUCUGAGCUGCCAACCCAGAGCAAAGCCAGCUUCCCAAGCAUCCUCAGUGACCCAGACCCGGACUCGUCCAACUCUGGAUUUGACAGCUCAGUUGCCUCUCGGAUCACAGAGUCUUUAGUCAGUGGCCCAAAGCCACCUAUUGAAAGCCACUUUCGACCAGAGUUUAUCCGCCCACCACCCCCUCUCCACAUCUGUGAGGAUGAACUGGCCUGGCUAAAUCCCACAGAACCCGAGCAUGCCAUCCAGUGGGACAGAUCGAUGUGUGUGAAGAAUAGCACUGGUGUGGAGAUCAAGCGGAUCAUGGCGAAAGCCUUCAAAAGCCCCCUGUCGUCUCCCCAACAGACACAGCUCCUCGGUGAGUUGGAAAAAGAUCCCAAACUUGUUUAUCACAUUGGCCUUACUCCAGCGAAACUUCCAGAUCUAGUGGAGAACAACCCUUUAGUCGCUAUAGAAAUGCUGCUGAAACUGAUGCAGUCAAGCCAGAUCACGGAGUAUUUCUCUGUCCUGGUCAACAUGGACAUGUCCUUACAUUCAAUGGAAGUUGUAAAUCGACUAACUACAGCUGUUGACCUACCUCCUGAAUUUAUUCACCUAUACAUAUCCAAUUGCAUUUCUACUUGUGAACAGAUUAAGGAUAAAUAUAUGCAGAAUCGUUUGGUGCGUCUUGUGUGUGUGUUUCUCCAGUCUUUGAUCCGUAACAAAAUUAUUAACGUGCAGGACUUGUUUAUAGAAGUGCAGGCCUUCUGCAUUGAAUUUAGUAGGAUACGGGAAGCUGCAGGCCUAUUCCGGUUGCUGAAGACACUGGAUACUGGGGAAACGCCUUCAGAGACCAAAAUAUCAAAAUAAUACCUCACUAGAACUUCCCUUUCUAUUGUUCAACUGUAUUUGGAUUGGUUUUUAAACUUGUAACUCUUGAGUGGAUUGCUUGAUCUAAGAAAUAUAAAUGACUUUAUUUACUUAAAGUAAAAUUUCCUUUUUCCUAGAUGUUUCCCAUGGAUGAAUUUUGGUGAGAACUUGGGAGAAAUGUUUAUUUUAGCUCUCUUGCUGAUGACAAUCCAUAUGAAUAGUUAUUCUGAAAAUAGUUAUUGCAAGAAAGGUGUAGGUGUUGCUCUUUUGAAUUUAAAACACAGUACCUGUUUCUUUUAGAAAACAAACUGUAGGUUUCUGAAAAACCAGGAAUUUGCUUUCGUAGCUUCUAGUGUGAAGCAUGGUCAGUGAGAGUGAGUGAAGACGCUGAGAAUUUACGGUGAGCGUGGCUCUUAGUAAGCAAGGUGUGAAACAAGGAUGCACAUUUCUGACAACAGUGUUCCUGGCCCACUGACAAGCAUGGGCACUCUGCCAGGCUGCGAGAGUUGGCAUUUUAUUCUUCUCUCUUAACCACAGUUAGUAAGGGUGUGGUUUUUGUGGUCUUAAGGACAAAUACGAGCUGGCACACCAGAAAUGUAUACCCAGGAUGCCUGUUUGGUGAGGAGGUAGAAGAGUCAGUACCUGGGACAGUGUGCCUUAAUUUUUUUUUUUUAAGACAGGGUCCAUCUAUGUAAUUCUGGCGCUCACUAUGUAGAGCAGGCUGGCCUUGAAAUCAGAGAUCCUUCUGCCUCUGCAUGCUGUGAUUAAAGGUGUAUACCACCAAAUCCAGCCUUUUUAAAAAAUGUCUGACAUACCAUUUUAUUUAAAGAAAUUAUGAAGAAUUCCUUUUAUGGAGAUAUCUCUAGAACCGAUUUAUGGGGACAGAAUCUGUUCUCCCACAUCCGGCAAGGCUUAAAGGAAGCCAAGCUUGGUGAUUUUGUCUUACUGUACAAUUACAAUCUCCUAACAGUGGAGAAGGAACAAGAAACAAUAAUCCUUGCGCCCCUGUGGGAGUGACCCCCUCUGAACUAGAGAGCUGACUCCUCUCAAUGCUCUGUAGUGGCCACUGCUAUUUUACAGAUGGCACUGGGCCAACAACAGCCCAUGAACAAAGCACUGUUUUAGAAUGACAAGUUUCAAAGACUUACUGUGGGCAACAAGCUCCACAGCUGAUAGGCAUGUCUUGUAGCUCAGGUUAGCUAUGGCCACAGCCCAACACAAAAUAAAAAAUGUAAUUAAAAUGACAGUAGCCAGAUGCAGAUACUCCCAACCAUUGGACUGAAGUUGGGGACCCCUAUGGUUGGAUUAGAGGAAGGAUUGAAGAAGCUGAAGGGGAGGACCAACCCAUAGGAAGACCAGUGUUCUCAACUAAACCCGACCCCUGGGAGCUCCCGAAGACUGAGCCACCAACCAAGCAGUACCAUGGCUGAUCCAAGCACAUACACAGCAGAGGGCUGCCUGGUCUGGCCUCUGGGAGAAGAUGCACUCGAUCCUUUAGAGACUUGAGGCCUCUGGGAAGGGGGGAGGUGGGGCGGGGCACAGAACCUUGGGGGUGGGGGUAGGAGUGGGAUGGGGGAGCAACAGCUGAAAUGUAAAUAAAAUAAUUUACAAAAAA